UAACAAUAUUGGUAACCAAUCUACCUUUUUAUUUUUCAGACACAGGGUAGUUUUAAGGUUAUAAUAUUGUUUAUGCGGUUAGUUUUAACUAUUAAACUUCAAAAUUUUAUUGUUGAAUUGUUAGUAUUUUGUUAUAGGAACUUAUUGAACGUGUAAAAAUGUCGAUUGGGGUGCCAAUUAAAGUAUUGCACGAAGCCGAAGGACAUAUUGUUACUUGUGAAACGAUCGAUGGUGAAGUUUAUCGCGGCAAACUUAUAGAAGCAGAAGACAAUAUGAACUGUCAAGUAAAUAAUCAAAUUGUUUUUAUUAAAAGAUAUUUUGUAUUGAACUUUUUAAUUUUUAUUUGUUGAAUUUAUUUUAAUAAAAUAUUAUACCUAUUUUAAAUAUAUAUAUUUAAACUUUAGUACUUGCCCAAUUUUUUUUUUUAAGUAAUCACAGUUUACUUUUGUUUAUUUCUUGGUACCUAUUUAAAGAUAUAUGAUUUACCUUUAUUGAUUUAUCAGGUGUCACAUGUAACUGUAACAUAUAGAGAUGGGCGUGUUGCUCAAAUGGAGAAUGUAUAUGUCAGAGGAUCAAAAGUACGUUUUAUUAUAUUACCAGAUAUGUUACGGAAUGCGCCUAUGUUUAAAAGUAAAAUGACUAUGGGUGGAGCAGCAGGGCGUGGUAAAAGCGGAAUGAUAAGAUCUUCAGGUAACUGUGUUCUUUAUAUUCUAACAAUAAUUUUAAAAUACAUUUUAAUAUAAUAUUAUGAAAACGUUAGUUGGACGUGGCCGUGGUCGUGGUGGACCUCCAAUGGGUCGUGGUGGACCACCUAUGGGACGCGGAGGACCUCCAAUGGCUGGAUCGUGGAAUCAAAGACGUUAACGAAAUAAUACCAAAUGUCUCGUCUAAGGUUUUUAAAUAAAUGCAUUACACGUGAAAAUAUUUUUUAUACAUAAGUUUCUAUAACUAAAUAUUCCUUAUUCAAAUUAUCUUGAUAUAAUAAAAGUAUG